ACGAUAUCUCUGGUGAGGCUGUAAUGGCUAUUGAGUGGACGUUAUUUGCUCUUGCAUACAGUCUUGUUGGUUUGCGAAUAGGCGUGCGCAUUACUAAGAGACAGCAGAAGCAUGUCAUUGUCUCAGAUAUCCUUCUGGUAGUGUCUGCACUGGACUGCCUUGGACUGAUUAUCUGCGAUACUUGGACGUAUGCGCUUGGAGGGAUGCGAUACAUACCACAGGGUGAAGCACUAUCAGCAGCUAAUAUUCGCAACGAAGUAGCUCUGGACAAGAUAUCGUUUGCUUCGAACUACUUCUACGAUACAGGUAUGUAUUGGCCGAAGGCAGCAUUGAUUGCUCUGUACUUCAAGAUCAUUCCAAGUACUAUGCCGCGACUACGGAUGGCGCUUUAUCUCGUGACCGCGUUUGUGCUCGCAUGCGCGAUCAGCACUUGCCUAUUGGACACUUUAUGGUGUGCACCAAACGUCUCGAGUAACUGGUCGCUCGAGGAAGGUGCAUGUUCGACCUUCAACUCCCUUCGUGUCCUACAAAUCGACUGGGCCUUGAACUUUACAUCUGAUGUUGCGAUUUUCGUCCUCCCUUUCCCUCUUCUACGACAUCUCCAUCUCGGUCGCAGCCAAAUUUACGGCCUCCUCGUCACAUUCGCACUCGGUCUUGCGACCAUAGCAGUAAACCUCGCUCGCUUCAUCACAAUUCAAACCGGCAACAACUGGAAUGCCGUCUUCAUUUGGUCAAUGGCGGAAAUGGCAGUCGCAAUCAUCGUGGUAUCGCUUCCUGCGCUGAAAACACUACUGCGUCACAAGAACAACAACACGUCAUCAAACUCAUACUCGCAUGGUAAUCAUUAUGCGGUUAAUUGCUCGAAUAGGAGGUCGGUGUUUGGGAGAAGCGAUUUGAUGGAUGACUCUGGGAGUGAUGUGGAGCUCAACCGUGUUGGAGGAAGAGAUGUGAUUUACAAGACUAAAGAGGUCAGUGUGGAUUCGAGACCCUUCGAUGAGGGUGAUGAUGGAGGACCACUUGCUCAGGCUUGGACACAUAAUGGGUAUGAUGCUCAAGCCAGUAAGGGGAAUGUUUGAUGCAACUUCCCACAUCGGCAAGUUCAGGUUCCCACCAUUAAUCUCAGAUCAUGAAGUCAAAGGAGACAGCAGGAUCGCUGUAUUCAUCGUUACGACUACUAGACAGUAUGGGCAUCAAUGUUGAACGGAGACCAAGCUCAAGAACUUAGAGACAAGUCUCAUCUCAACAUCAAGGUCUAGAUUUCGUCUCACGAAAGACUGUCGUAUUCAAUAUCAGAGACUCUUUUAGGGGUCCAGCCAUCCGAAGACCGAGAUAUAUUAACGGGACCCGACAGUUUGGAUCGCCGGACACUACCCCCGGUCCGUGUG